AUGAAAAAGCAGAUCAUUCUCCUGGUUUAUCUGUUUCCAGUGUUUUCAAUUAUUAUUCCAUAUCUGUUUUCUCUUGUCAUUUCUUGCCUACCCUUGCUUGUUUGUCUCACUCUUCAUUACACUCUUUCCCCCAUUUCCCUCCUCCUACUUUUCUGUUAUUGUUCUGACUGUACCAAUUUCACCACUCUUCCUCCUCCUCCUUCUUUUCUUUCAGGUAAUAGUGAUGAGGUUUUUGUACAACCAAAAGUCCAGCGAGCUUUAGCUGCUUUAUUUUCUUCUUUAAUCCACGAUAGACAAGUUGUUUGUAUCGUGGGCAUUGACCGAGUUCUAAGAAUGCCUGAGUUGGUUAUGGAACCAGAGUUGGCGGCGUCAGGAUUUGUGGAGCUAAAGCCCUACAAUCAUCAAGUCGGAGGUCAUUGCUCUUUUCUGCACUACAAUGACACUACCCUUUGUAAACCUCUCACAUCACGAGAACGCUAUUUCUAUGAAACCCUGCCUACUGAUCUCAAAGAAUUUACACCAGCUUACAGAGGUGUGAUUCAAGUACAUGUUAGAGAAGAUAAUGAUGGCUAUGUGACUCUAGUUGGCAAUCCACCAAAAUAUAAAUCACUUAAGCGGUCACCAACUCGCCACCAUUCCACUAGUAGCCAUUUGGAAGGAUCCUCUGACACAGAAUCAGAAAACACUAAAAGUCUUAUUCGGACAUGCAGACAACAGCAACAGCAGAAACAAACAGAUAGAAAUGGUUCUUUUAGUAUUCACCUCUUGAGAAGUUCAAGUUUAGACUUACCCCCACGUCGAAACACAUCAUGCACUGAUAGUAAAAAGAUUGUGCAUACUGAUGAUGAUGAUGAUGAUGAUGACGAUGAUGAUGAUGAGCAAGAGGAGGAAGAAGACUAUGAAUGUGGAUUCCUUAACAAUUUCUCAGAAUUUAUUCUUUUAGAGAAUGUAGCUGCCAAAUUCAGAUACCCUUGUGUCCUUGACUUGAAGAUGGGUCCUAGACAGCAUGGAGAUGAUCAUUCAGAGGAAAAAAAACAAAAGAAAAUACUUCGUUGUAAGGAGAGUACAUCAAGUUCACUUGGGGUUCGCAUUUGUGGAAUGAAGGUGUACCAUGUAGACAAAGGGCAAUAUGUGUACCAGAAUAAAUAUCAUGGGCGAACCUUGACAAUUGAAGGCUUCAAAGAGACACUAUACAAAUUUUUACACAAUGGCAUAGAAGCAAGAUUGAACCUAAUCAAACCAAUUAUUUGGCGCCUGCAGCAACUUUAUGCUAUGGUUGAAAAGCAAGAUACAUUCCGCUUUUAUACCAGUUCACUACUAGUCAUGUACGAUGGUGCUGUAGAGAGUAGUAGCAGACACCACCAUCAUUGCUCACCAAGGCUGGACAAUGAUUCAUCAGACAAUUGCCAUUGUUGGUUGAAGCAAUUUGAAGCUUUCUCAUUGUCAAGUUUUGUUGAUCUAAGAAUAACCAAGACACACAACCCUAUCUAUCUAUCUAUCUAUCUAUCUAUCUAUCUAUCUAUCUAUCUAUCUAUCAUUAAUCUGGAUUUGCUCUUCCUUUUCCUAUCUCAACAGACAAGGCUUCUUUAG